GGCUGCUGUUUUCCCACCCAAAAAACAACAAGUUCCUCCCUUCAAGUUUUUCUCGACUCUCGUAAAUUAAAUUUAUACGCGAUCAAUGUUUUCUAGGACAAAACACUCGUGGUGCAUUGUAGCUCGAAUGAUGAAGCAUUAUUCAAAAACGUCUGCCAACCAACUGUCGUCCAAACAGCAGGUUGGAAUUCAAAUAGUUAAACCCAUUUCGUAUGUCAUACCCUUACAAAAGUCGGUGCCCUUACGUAAUCCACCCAUUGCCUUGGAAAAUGACGAGCCAGACCAACAAGAAGACGAACAAAACUAUUAUUCUGCCAUGUCAAAGGCUUUUGGUUUUGCAGGAUUAAUGGGUAUUUUGAAGGGCGAUAGUGAUGGUGAUGAAAAAAAGGAUCUUGGAGAAGAACAGAUCGUCCACAUGAUCAAAUUAGCUAGGCUUUCCCAAGAGAGGAAAGAGUACAAGAAGUCUGAACAGCUUCUGCACUUGGCAUUAAAGGCAGCCCAUGAAAUUCAACAUUAUGAUGCCCAAAGGUACAUCAUUGAUGACAUGGCCAACAAUGCCUAUGAAGUGGGAGACUUAAAGAAAGCUGAAAGGCUUUUCAUCAACCUGAUGAAACAGCUUAUUGCUGAUGGAAUGGCUCAAGAUGAUAAUGCCAUUAUUCACAUCAGCGCAAAGCUUGCAAACCUCUAUUUCAUGUUUCGUGAAGAGGUUAAAGCACGAGAGGGCUUCAGAUUUUGCAUUCAUCACCUGGAGACUAAAUUAAAGAUGAAUGUUGAUGAUUUUGACACUUUAGCUCUUUACUCAUUAAUCCUCUCUUGGUUUGGAGACUUUGUCCAUAGCAGUGGAGAUUUUACUCAGUCCUUGGCUUUGUUCAAGCAAUCUUAUGAGAUUUCGGUCAAAAUCAAUGGCAAACAUCAUCCCCACAGUUUACUCCAACUCAAUAAUAUGGCCGCUUCCUACACCAUGAUGAACCGACUUGAAGACGCUGUAGACUGUCUUAAUUCAGCCCUGAUUCUGGCCCAAGAGUAUCGUAUGGAUGACGGUUUGAAGGAUCUUCCUUAUUAUUUUAUCAACUUGGCCAAUGUGUACCUGACCCAAGUAGAGAAAUCUGCAGCCGACGCCAAAGAGCUUUUGAAGCUGGCCGAGAGCUCAUGCCAGGAAGGAUUUAAUUGCGCCAAAAUGAUGCGAAAUAGAGAAGCCAUGCUCCAAGCCAAGAAAUGCAUGAAACAAAUUAAAUCCCACCAAACUUUGUAAUCUCGUUCUAUCAAAACGUGUAUAUUGACCGACUUCAAUUUAAAAUGUUAAACUGUGAAUGCAUAAUGGCGGAAUAGGGUCCGCAUAGUACAAAGUACGUCUUGGCACUUCCUCCCGAUGCGGCAUACUGUAAUGGAAAUAGUACCGCACAUUAUUGUGAUUUCGUGUUAGUUGAAUAAACUUAAAAAGUUU